AUGCUGGUCGGCCGCGUGCGUUCGCGAGGGCGCUAUCACAAGUUCCAGGAGCGAAGGCUGGAGCAGGACUACACGGUGGACAAGGGCCACGUGCUCGGAAGUGGCGCAAAUGGCCAGGUUUGGCUUGUGCGCAGCCGUCACAACAAUCGAGCUUUUGCAGCCAAGACAUAUCGUCUAGCUGGCAUCUCUGAGCUCAAGUGCAAAGAGAUCGAGACUGAAGUCGAGAUUCUUCUUACCGUUGAUCAUCCAAACCUGGCUCGCAUGGUGGAUGCCUACGAGACGAAGGCCUCACUCACGCUUGUCAUGGAGCUCCUGGAAGGAGGAGAGCUUUUCGACCGAAUACUCGCCGCAGGCCAUUUCACCGAGCGCGAUGCUGCGGAAGCGAUUUGGCAAAUGCUGCUCGCCAUCAGAUAUCUGCAUGGUCUUGGCAUCGUGCACCGGGAUGUGAAGCUGGAGAACUGGCUGUACGAGAAGAAAGGCGGCCAAGACUUGAAGCUCAUUGACUUCGGCCUCUCAAAAUUUUGGCGGCCGGACAAGAGCAUGGAAAUGCGGGUUGGCACGCUGGACUACAUGGCGCCCGAGGUGCUGCACCGCAACUACACGUCAAAAUGUGACCUGUGGAGCCUCGGUGUCAUUGCCUACACGUUGCUCGUGGGAAGCUUCCCUUUCUCCGGGAGAGAUGGCGACAAUGCCAUGCUGCAGCGGAUCGCUGCGGGAAGGUUUGCGACGGAACGUGAUGCCUGGAAAAAUGCCUCGCCCUCUGCCAAGGACUUCGUUUGCAAGCUGCUGACGGUCGAGGCUCGACGAAGACCCGAUGCCGACCUGGCCCUUCAGCAUCCCUGGAUUUCCAAGCGCGAGUCCGUGGCUCGCAGCUAUGUCAGCAAGGACAUCGUCGACGCACUUUGCUCUUUCUCUGAAGCAUCGGCCUUUCGCCGUGCUUGUUUGCUGGUCAUGGCUAUUUCCCUCUCCAACGAGGAGCGUGCCGAGGUUCACAAAGCCUUUCUGGAGAUCGACAAGGAUCACAGUGGCACGAUUACCCUCAGCGAGCUUCGCAGUGUCCUCGAGGAGAAAUUCCACAUUGAGGAUGCAGCGGUAGCCAGGACAUUCCAGUCGCUUCAGUCCCCAUUGUCUAGAGACGAGGUGAUUAACUACUCAGAUUUCCUGGCCGCGAUGAUGUCAAAGCGCAUCUCCAUCCACGAUGAUCUUCUGCAUGAUGCCUUUGCGCGGUUCGACACCGACAACUCUGGCUACAUCACGCUCCCGAAGCUGAAGAUGUUGCUGGGGGAUUCCCUGUCGGAGUCGGAGCUGAAGCAGGUGAUGCGGGAGGCGGACACGGACAAGGAUGGCUACAUCUCGAUGAACGAGUUCGUGCAGUACUUGCAGUGUCGACGCAGCACCGAGAGGCAGCUCCAGGCAGCGCACUCUGCCAUCGAUCGAGAGCUGCGGCGGCCGAGUCAGAAGCAGAGAAUCUCUGUGCGAGAGCGCAGGCGAAGCUCCGUCAUCGUAAAGAAAAGUUCCGCCGCGCCGGAGGAGGUCAGUUUCAGUGCUGUGCUGACAAAGGGGAUCGUGAACUGCAGAGUAAUCGUCUACGACUUGCACGAUGCCGACUUUGAGGAGAUUGAGCUCGUCAUCCGCAUGCUGCAGGCCUCCGACAUCAUGCACAAAGUGACGUUCAUCUUGAUCUCCUCUGCAGGGGUUUGGGCCAGAACGGCAAGGGGCUACGAGGAAGUUCCGGUCGUGGAGGAGGCUCCGGAGAUCCCGGAAGGUGACGAGCCGACACCUCCACAGGCGGAGCCUGCAGAAGGGGAGGAAGGUCAGCCGGAGGUUCCGGUGGAAGUGCCGCCUCCGCCAGAGCCAGAGACACGCCCUGUUGCGCUACGUUGCGAGGAUUACAUCCGUCGCGUUCCAACACCCAAGUUCCAGGACUGGAAAGACAUCGAGACUCAGGUCUUGGCGCUCAAGAACAAGCAGGGGGGCAUGAUCCGACCGUAUGUAGUAUGUGCUGGCAUACCCUACGGCAAUGGUGAGGAUGCCUUCCUCGCUCUCUUCAAAGCUGCCUGGCAGACUCGAUCUACCCUUCGCGUCAUUGGCGAGGGCAAAAACUACAUCCCGAUGGUCCACGCUCGUGAUGUUGCCCGCCUGACGCGCCACAUCAUACAGGUGGGGCCAGAGCUUGACUACCACCUGGCAGUGGACAGAGGUGAGGUGACACAAAAAGCGUUGAUAGAGACGGUCGCGAAGCAGUUCAACCUGCCUUACGAGCCGGCGCCUGUUACUGUGGCGGAGGCUGUUUUGGCCGAAAUGGCCGACAUCUUUACGAUGAACAUCCGCCUAGAACCUAGCCCUCUUAUGGAGGUACCAUGGGAACCUCCACCGCCGGAGCCUGAAGAGCAAGAAGUGGAAGAGCAAGAGGAGGAGGCUCCCAAGCCUUCGACUUCUGGCACUGCCCUGGUACCACCUCCUGUCAGCGGUGAGGGCAAGACGAAGAAGUCGCGCCCAAACUCGGCCACAUCACAGCAACCUGCACCGGAGGCAGACGUCCUUGAAGAAGAAGAGCCCGCAGCUGAAGAGAAAGGCAAGGAGGAGACUCUGCCGGGCUUUCGCUGGUGGUGUGAGACGGGAAUUGUGACCAACAUCGACCAGGUGGCAAAAGAGUUUUCACGCUGGCGCCGCCUCGAGCCUGUCAAGAUCUGUGUUGUAGGCCCGCCGGGCAGUGGCACUUCGCAGCUGUGCCAUAAGUUGGCCGAGAUGUACAGCAUCCCAGCCGUCGUGCUGGAUGAGCUCAUCGAGGAGCAGCGACAGCUUGAAACGCCACUUGGAACCCAACUGAAGGAGCAGUUGGAUCUCAUUGCGGCCAACGUGGCAAACCCAAAGUCCACUGGGCCGUAUCUGCUUCCUGCGGCCCUCACGACUCAGAUUGUGGACGCAGCGAUCAACACGGCUGCAGGCCGCCAUCGUGGCUGGGUGCUGAGUGGCUGCCCCUCCUCGAUGGAGGAGACCUCGGCGCUCUUCUUGGAUUUGCCUCCACCGGCUGAGACCGUGGCAGAUCCCAAGAAAAAAGCCAAGCCUGCCGAGGAGCCGGCGAUCUCAGAGGAUGCCAAGGUCAAAGAAGGCUUUCAAGUCGACAUGGUCAUUCGCGUGACAAGCGCCGAGGAGGUCUGCUCGGCAAGGGCACAGGCCGCAGAGGGCAAGCCAUUCGUGGAGAAGGAGUUCCAAGCUGCUUCGGACUUAUGGAAGAAGGAUGGCGAUGCGGUAAACGAGUUCUUUGUCGAGCGCUUGGGCGUAGAACAACUCACGGUUUCGGCCGACGCGGCGGCAGAGGCUGAGAAGGAGAAGCAUGAGGAAGCGCUGAAAGCCGCAGAAGAGGCGGAGCAAGAAGCACCUCCUGCACCGGAUCCUGCGGAUUUGGUCGUGCUCGCGUCCGGAUCCUGGACUUGGCUGGAUACUGCGAUUCCCACUGUGGUGGAGGCUUUGGAGGCCCGUCGGCCAGUGUUCAACUUCCUGCCGGCCCCCGGGCCAGCGCAGUCCGCAGCGCUGCCGGCGGAUGGCACCGCAGCGGCGGAGGAGGCAACUGCAGACUCCACGGCGGCCGUGGCACAAAGCGAUGAACGUCUCAGACACGAGCAGCGCGUGGAGCACGUGAAGAAGGAGGAGUUGGCACGUUUGGAAAAGCAUUCGGAGCCUCUUCGCCUCUACCUCAUGAAGUUCGUGGUCCCGGCACUCACAGGCGCGCUGGUGGAUGUCUGCCGGGAGCAGCCCGAAGAUCCGGUGGGUUACUUGGCCGAAUACUUGUCCCUCUACUCGGAGGUCUCUGCAGAGAGGCGAGCUAUGCGAGCAGCAGAGGGCAAAUCAUAG